UGGGUGUGAGUGCUGGUGGUAGGGGUGGGGGGCAGACAGUGUCUGCACCCUGAUGUUUCCAGGGCCCCAUACUUACCUACAGGGUUCUGAGAGCAGGAGAAUGGGAGGUGGGAGGUCUAGGUUCUUCUGGGCCUUGCUGUGUGACCUUGGGCUAGCACUGCCCCUCUCUGAGCCCUAACCAUCUUCAUCUACUGAGUAUAGAGGUGGGCCAGCUCCUGCCCCCUUCAGUACUGAGAGCACACACGCCUAGUACCACGAAGCCUGGCAAUCUUUUUGCGGAGAAACCCCAAUCCCAGUCCAGGCUGGGCAGGGGUGCGGUGGCAGAAGGAAGGGGGAGGAGGGGACCCCAGCGAGAGUACAAACCAAGGAUCCGGAGAGGCUGCCUCGUCGUCUUAGCUUCACGGAAUAUGGAUCCCUUGACAAUCCUUGCAGAUUGGACAACCGAAGCGUAAACUCGUGUUCCCCCCUCCCAGAAAGUCUGGAUUGGGAGCGGGGGCUGGGUUAGUCAGGGGUAGUUCUGGAGGCAGGGGUUGAGUGUGGCCAGUCCCAGAGGUGGAACAAUGCUCCUGUCGUCUUCCGUCUUCUCUCUCAUCCCUCUUCAGCAAUAGGGCACUUGCUUUUCCCCAGCAAAACCCUUGCUCGGGGCCAGACAAGGCCUCCUAGGAGGAAGGGUGCCCUCAGGGAUGCCUUGGUCAGGCACUAAGUUAAAAAGUGGACAUUCUGCAGCUCAGAGACCCCAGGGUGCCCCCAGGAAGCCCUGGCACCCAUGGAAGGAAGUCAGGGUGUGGGGUGUGAAUGUGAGGGGCGGAGGGAAGGUGAAUCCCCCCCCCCCAUCCCUAGCACAGGGCAGGGACCUGCUGACCCUCCCUCCCCCUUUGGAGGUCUUCUGGGAACAGCUGUCCUAGGGGCUAACCAGGAACAGGGUUUUUAAUUCUGCUUCUCUGCCUUGCUUGUGUGGACCAUUUCUGGAGUGGCUAAGGGCUCUUUCAGUGGGGAGUCUCACAGAUGCUCAAGGGCUGUGGACCAGGACCAGAACCAGGCCCAGGCAGGGGAGGGGGCAGGAACUGCACUCAAGGUUAAGCCUGUCUCUGGAAGCGGCUUUCCUGGUCGCAUCCUUGGAUUUUAUCUCGUGUUGCUUUCGUGUGCGUCUCUCAUCAAUAGCUAGGCACACCUUCACGGCCACCUCUGUCCAUCCUGGGCGCCGUGUACAGAACAGUAUUGGAUCUACUUCCUAAAGCAUCAGGCCCUAGCCAGGUGGAUGAGAGAGCGUGCCGAGAGGAGUCAGACUGCAGAGAGUGAAGAAGCCAAGGCGGCCUUGGAGCCAGACCUCUGAGACUCGCUCUGUGGAGGGACAGGGAAUGGCCUGCAAACUGGGCAUUGCGGGAUGAGUCAGAACCGGCCAGGAGAGAAGAGGCGAGCCCUUUCCAAUAGAGAGGACACCAGGAAAACAAAACAACAAACACAAACCCUUCUCAAAUUCCCAUCUACGCCCUGUAUCAGUGUUGUGUCUCCCAGACAGCCCCAGCGCCUGGCUUUCGAGUGUGGGUUUCGUCGGAAGGGGCUAGUGGCCUUGAGGUUUUGUGUAGCCAGGCAAGAAGGAACUUUUCAGAAAUGAGAUUCAUCUGACGGCAUUGCUGGGAGAGUUGGGCCCAGAGAGAGGCUGAGGAGGUGAUGAAGGCUGAGCUGAUCACUAGGGGUCUCUGUCUCUGGUCUCUUUCUCCCUCCCUCUCCACAGCCCCCCAGGUGGUGAUAGAGAGGAACCAGGUCCGCCCAAGCGGAAGCAGGGAACUGUCGGCACACUGCCGAAAGGCCAGGGGUUGUCCAUGGAAAGGCCAGGGCCUCUGGGAGGGGUGUUGCUUCUCCCAGGCGGCCUGGAACACACGGACAGAAUGUGCCUGGGCACCCAGGUUGGAAGGCUGGCAGGGUGAGGACACAGCUCAGGGCCUGGGCAAGGGCAUCAGCCCUGGCUGGAAAAGGCCAAGGAUUAAGUGGCCAAGCAUCUUCCAUUUGGGUCUCAGAGGCUGAGAGGUGAAGGAGUUGCUUCCUCCAUAACCAAGACCACCAUGGCGGCUGUGUCUGGCUAAAUUAAAAACUGCGACCCUCCGGGACUUGUGCCUUCAGUGGAGGAUGGAUCAGAUGAGGAGUGAGGUUUAGAAAACUCCUGUCCUGGUCCAGGCAAGGGGAACAGAGGAACUGAUGUCGGGGGAGCAUGGAAAGAGAUGAACUGAGGGAAUUCCUAGAGGCAGCAGGCAGUGCGUGUUCCCUCCACGACAGAGGGCCAGUGAGAGACUCACGACUGCCCAGGCCACCAUCUUUUCUUUUCUUCUUUUUUUACACUGACCUAACCCUAAUGGGAGUGGCAGACGCAGAACAGCUCCCAUUUUCCAGAGAGAAAGCUGAGGUGCUGGUUCUGAGGGGAAGCCUCUGCCCCGUCCCUGAUGCAGGCUCUAGCAAGGGAGGAAGGGCUGCUGCACUUGGUGUGGGACUGGCUGCACUCAGAGCUUGUGUGGACACACCAUCCCUGCUGGGUAACAGCUCUUUCCGGGGGCCGGGGAACGCCAGCUGAUUCUGUGCCCUGGAAACGUGUCUCCCCCUGCUCCCUAUGCCUGCCCUUCUUCUCUGGUCUGCGACCGGGAGUCAGAUAAAGUCAAAACCUCCGAAGCUCUUUUGCAUGAAUGCAUCCAGGAUAUCACGGAGUGGGUUUACUGGUAACCAUGGUGACAGCUGACCCAACUGCUUGCGUAGGAGUUGGAGCAGGUAGCAGGGGUGGUGCUUUGUGGAGAGGCCAAAGACUGAGGAAGGCUGGCUCCGGAGAUUGGAACUUCGGGUGGUACUGGAGGACGGGGCUUCCAGCUGCCAAGUGCGGCCCACCCGAGGUAGUGUCAGCCGCGCGUUACCGUCAUGGACAAGAUCCUGGAGGCCGUGGUGACUUCGUCCUACCCCACGAGCGUGAAGCAAGGACUGGUGCGGCGCGUGCUGGAGGCGGCGCGGCAGCCCUUGGAGCGGGAGCAGUGCCUGGCGCUGCUGACCCUGGGCGCGCGCCUCUACGUGGGUGGCACGGACGAGCUGCUGCGCCGCGUGGGCUGCCAGCUGCUGCACGUGGCGGGGCGCCACCACCCCGAGGUCUUCGCCGAGUUUUUCAGCGCGCGCCGCGUGCUGCGCCUGUUGCAGGGCGGCGCGGGGCCCCCCGGGGCGCGCGCGCUGGCCUGCGUGCAGCUGGGGCUGCAGCUGCUGCCGGACGGGCCUGCGGCCGACGAGGUGUUCGCGCUGCUGCGGCGCGAGGUGCUCCGCACCGUGUGCGAGCGGCCCGGGCCCGCCAUCUGCGCGCAGGUGGCCCGGCUGCUGGCGCGCCACCCGCGCUGCGUCCCCGACGGCGCGCACCGCCUGCUCUUCUGCCAGCAGCUGGUGCGGUGCCUUGGCCGUUUCCGCUGCCCGGCCGAGGGCGAGGAGGGCGCCGUGGAGUUCCUGGAGCAGGCCCAGCAGGUUAGCGGGCUCCUGGCGCAGCUGUGGCGCGCGCAGCCCGCCGCCAUCCUGCCCUGCCUCAAGGAGCUGUUUGCGGUCAUCUCAUGCACAGAGGAAGAGCCGCCGUCCAGCGCCUUGGCCAGUGUGGUCCAGCACCUCCCGCUGGAGCUCAUGGAUGGUGUCGUCCGGAACCUCAGCAAUGACGACAGCGUGACGGACUCCCAGAUGCUGACUGCCAUUAGCAGGAUGAUCGACUGGGUGUCCUGGCCCCUGGGGAAGAACAUUGACAGGUGGAUCAUUGCGCUGCUGAAGGGCCUGGCUGCCGUGAAGAAGUUCAGCAUCCUCAUUGAAGUUUCGCUCGCCAAAAUCGAGAAGGUUUUCUCUAAGCUGCUGUACCCCAUUGUUCGGGGGGCUGCUCUGUCUGUCCUCAAGUACAUGCUCCUGACUUUCCAGCACUCCCACGAGGCCUUCCACCUGCUUCUCCCUCACAUUCCUCCCAUAGUGGCCUCUCUAGUCAAGGAGGACUCGAACUCUGGGGCCAGUUGCUUGGAGCAGCUGGCAGAGCUGGUCCACUGCAUGGUGUUUCGGUUCCCAGGCUUCCCCGACCUGUAUGAGCCUGUCAUGGAAGCCAUUAAGGACCUCCACAUUCCCAAUGAGGACCGAAUCAAGCAGCUGCUGGGGCAGGACGCCUGGACCUCACAGAAGAGCGAGCUGGCUGGCUUCUAUCCCCGGCUCAUGGCCAAGUCAGACACGGGCAAGAUUGGUUUAAUCAACCUGGGCAACACAUGCUAUGUGAACAGUGUCCUUCAGGCCUUGUUCAUGGCUUCCGACUUUCGACAUUGCGUGCUCCGCCUGACUGAGAACAACUCGCAGCCCCUGAUGACCAAACUGCAGUGGCUGUUUGCCUUCCUGGAGCAUAGUCAGAGGCCAGCCAUCUCUCCCGAGAACUUCCUCUCCGCGUCCUGGACACCCUGGUUCAGCCCUGGAACCCAGCAGGACUGUUCGGAAUAUCUGAAGUACCUGCUGGAUCGGCUUCACGAAGAGGAGAAAACCGGGACGAGGAUCUGCCAGAAGCUCAAGCAGUCCAGCUUGCCCUCCCCACCUGACGAACUCCCUAGCUCCCACGUGACAUCUGUGGAGAAAAUGUUUGGAGGCAAGAUCGUGACUCGGAUAUGCUGUCUGCACUGCCUCAAUGUUUCCUCUCGGGAGGAGGCCUUCACAGACCUCUCUCUGGCCUUCCCUCCUCCGGAGCGAUGUCGUCACCGCCGCCUGGGCUCGGUGAUGCUCCCCACAGAGGAUGUGCAAACCCAGGAGAUGGCACUGACUCCCAGAACCCUGGCAACACAGAGGCAGAGGAAGCACUGUGUCACGGGGGAUGCUCCCUGCAUGGGGCUAGACAUAGAAGGGCUGAGCAUCACAGACACUGGUCAGGAGGAGAAGGUGGAGAGGGAGCAGGCCGGGAAGGAGAAGGAGGCCUCAGAGGAGGAAGAGGAGGAGGAAGGAGCAAGGGAAGAGGAGAAAGAGCAGGGGGAAGAGAAGGAGAAAGAGAAAAAGGAAGACGAAAAGGAGAAGGAAGCCGAGAACGGCAAGGAGAAGGAAGCAGACAGCUCGGGUCCAGGGACCCACAGGGAUGCCGCCGUCCCACCCAGGGAGCAGGUCUGUGGCCCUGUGGGUUCCCGCUCCGUACUGGACCUGGUCAACUACUUCCUGUCCCCGGAGAAGCUGACAGCGGAGAACCGUUACUACUGUGAGUCAUGCGCCUCCCUCCAGGAUGCGGAGAAGGUGGUGGAGCUGAGCCAGGGUCCGCGCUACCUCAUUCUUACGCUACUGCGCUUCUCCUUCGACCUGCGCACCAUGCGGCGCCGCAAGAUCCUGGACGAUGUCGCCAUCCCCCUCUUGCUGCGCCUGCCGCUGGCCGGGGGUCAGGGCCAGGCCUACGACCUCUGUAGUGUGGUGGUGCACUCCGGGGUGUCCUCAGAGAGUGGCCACUACUACUGCUAUGCCCGGGAGGGCGCUGCCCGGCCGAGCCCCGUCCUGGGGUCUGCGGACAGGCCUGAGCCUGAGAACCAGUGGUACCUGUUCAACGACACCCGGGUGUCUUUCUCGUCCUUUGAGUCCGUCAGCAACGUCACCUCCUUUUUCCCCAAGGACACCGCCUAUGUGCUCUUCUACCGCCAGAGGCCCAGGGAGGGGCUCGAGGCUGAGCCCAGCUCUCCCCGAGUUCGAGCAGAACCCACCCUCCACAAGGACCUGAUGGAGGCCAUCUCCAAAGACAACGUCCUCUACCUGCAGGAGCAGGAGAAGGAGGCCCGGAGCAGAGCUGCUUAUAUCUCUACACUCCCUGCCCCUCCACACUGGGGUCGGGGCUUUGAUGAAGACAAAGACGAAGAUGAAGGCUCUCCAGGGGGCUGCAACCCUGCAGGUGGCAAUGGUGACUUCCACAGACUGGUCUUCUAACGGGAACUCCCACCUGUGGGGGUGUCGCAGUCAACCUCAAGAGUGGGCCAGGUGGGGCUCAGGGCCCGGGCAGAGCACCCUGCCGUCUGGGGUCUUAGGAAGCUGCGGAGGCAAGCCUAAGGCGAAGCAGGUCCUUUCGAGGGCAAGGAGGAUGGAGAAGGGACCAUCUGGGGUGUCAGCCUACAGCUGAGGGUCACGGAGAAGCUGAAACCCAAAGCUCCUUGGGCAGCAUCCUGUUAAGAGGUUCCAGUCGGAGCAGCCUGGAUGAGCCCACUCUGGGCUUUGCCUCCCUGCAGGCCCGGGCAGCUCAGGAGCCGGGGUGGCGUCCCUUUGGUGUCCAGCAUCCGGUAGCCCUUACUUCUAUUCUGGUUCCUUCACCCAGUUCUUCCUCGGUAGGAGAAAAAGCACAGCUCAAGUCAAGCCCUUGCACCAAGAAGGGGGGGACUGUGUUCCUUCUGCCUGCCCUCUAGUUUCUUCAAGGGGGUCCCUAAAACGAGAUCUGUGGGUGCCUACACCCGCCGUGUGUUUGAGGCAUUAGUGGAAGGCAGCAUAGCACAGGAUUGGAGGUAAGAGUCUUACCUGCCCCCCACCCCCCAGGCAAGCCACUGGGAGAGCCCCGUCCCUCCCUCCCCAGCCUGCCUCAGUGCCUGCGAUGCUGCCAGUGCAUCGCCGUCUGGUUAAGGUCCCGGGUCCUCGCCCUACUGAAGACAUUAGUCUGUCGAAAGCCAUUGUCGUUUGAGGGAGCUAGCUGGCUUGGCUCCUCUGCUAGAAUGUGCGGGCUGGGUAGGUAUGAACUGUGUGAUCCACACAACCUCAUUGUGCCCCGAGACUACUAUAGCCCUUCUCAGUGGAGAAGAAACCUGUGUUCUUAAUAGGAAUAAAACUUGCUUCUCUGGAGCCUGUGCAGGUUGCUGUUCUUCCAGCUUGAGCUGUGGCGUCUGCUAUCCUCUGGGAUGCUCGCUUGUGUCUAAGCAGUUUUGACAGAAACUUGCCCCCGCCCCCCAUAGGUAAGAUGAGGAUGUGCCCAUGACCUGGGGACUUUAGAUGUAGCAAGGAGGUGCUUGGUGCUAAGGUCUUGGAGGCUCCCGAGCUGGCAGCCUCCUGGGGCAGAGAGAGCAAGGGGGGUAGCUGGGGGUGCUUCACGGGAUAACUUGGAGCAGACUGGUUUGCUGGGUAAACACAGAAACCCAACAAUGACU